AUGAGAAUGAGGACGAAAGACGGAAAUUUUUUUCUCAUAAUCUCUUUUGCUCUUUUUGUUUCUUUCUCUCUUUAUUGCAUCUUUUGUUCCUAUCUUUCUUUUCUUCUCUCUCGUUUAUCGAUCACCAUACGUUUUCUUUCUUUUUUCUUUCUUUUUUCUUUCUUUCUUCUUUCUUUUUUCUUUCUUUUUUCUUCACUUCUUUCUUUCUGUCUUUCUCAAAAAAAAAAACCUUUGUCCUGUUUUUUCCUCUUAUUGUAUCUUCUUCCUCUAGACUCUUAUUUUCCUUCCUUUGUUUUUCUAUUCUUUCAUCCUCUCUUUUCCUCUUUUUUCUUCUUCUUCUUUCUCACACUUUGUAUCUUCUUUAUCCCGCCAUCAUUUUUCUCUUCUUCAUCUUUUUAUUUUAAACAUCUUUUCCCACCGCAUCUUACUUUCUCUCUUCAUUAUAAAUCGACUUUUGUUCUGUCUUUAUUUCUUCGUUGCUUUCCUUUUUGCUUUCUUUCUUCAACUUUUUUUUCAUUUAUUCUCAUUUAUUUUCUUUCUUUCUUUCUUUCUUUCUUUCUUUCUUUCUUUCUUUCUUUCUUUUACCUCAUUGCCUUUUUCGUUCUUGUUUCUUUCUUUCUUUCCUUAUACGUUCCUUUCGUUUUUUCUUUCUUUCCUUCUUUCUUUUCCUUCAUUGCCUUUUCAUUCUUGUUUUUUUCUUUUCUUUCGUUUUUCUUUCUUUCUUUUUUCUUUCAGUCGUUCUUUUUAUUUCUCUUUCCCUUCUUUUUUGUCGCAUGCUUUUUCUUUCUUUCUUAUUUAUUUUUCCAUUUCAUUUUUUUCUCUCGUUCAUUUUUCAUUUCUUCUUUCUUUCUUUCAGUCCUUCUUUCUUUCACUCAGUCAGUCAUCUUUCUUUUUUCUGUUAGACGUAUUUCUUUCUUUCUUUCUUUCUUUCUUUCUUUUCUUUCUUUCUUUCCCCCUAGUUUAUAUUUCUUUCUUUCUUUCUUUCUUUCUUUCUUUCUUUUACUCUUGCAAUCUUUCUUUCUUUCUUUCUUUCUUUCUUUUCCCUUCUUUCUUUCUUUCUUUUCCCUUCUUUCUUACUGCAUACUUUUUCUUUCUCAUUUGUUUUCCAUUCUUUCUUUCUUUCUUUCUUUUUCUUUCUUUUCUUCUUUCUUUUCCCUUCUUUCUUACUGCAUAGUUUUUCUUUCUUUCUCGUUUGUUUACCUUUCUUUCUUUCUUUCUUUCUUUCUUUCUUUUCCCUUCUUUCUUACUGCAUACUUUUUCUUUCUCAUUUGUUUUCCUUCGUUUGUUUUUUUUUUCUUUCUUUUUUUUUUUUCUUUUCCUUCUUUCUUACUGCAUAGUUUUUCUUUCUUUCUCGUUUGUUUACCUUUCUUUCUUUCUUUCUUUCUUUUCUUUCCUUCUUUUCUUUCUUGCAUUUUUUUUCUUUCUGAUUUGUUUUCCAUUCUUUCUUUUUCUUUCUUUUCUUCUUUCUUUUCCCUUCUUUCUUACUGCAUAGUUUUUCUUUCUCGUUUGUUUACCUUUCUUUCUUUCUUUCUUUUUCCUUCUUUCUUACUGCAUACUUUUUCUUUCUCAUUUGUUUUCCUUUCUUUCUUUUUCUUUCUUUUCUUUUUUCUUUUCCCUUCUUUCUUACUGCAUAGUUUUUCUUUCUUCCUCGUUUGUUUUCUAUUUCUUUCUUUCUUUUUCCUUCUUUCUUACUGCAUACCUUUUCUUUCUUUCUCAUUUGUUUUCCAUUUCUUUCUUUCUUUCUUUUCUUUCUUUUUUGCCGACUGUGUUACGCUCAAAUCCUACUAA